GACUAACCUCUCACUAUUAAAACAAUUAAAACGGACAUAUGCAUACCCUUUGCGUAAUCCAAAAAAAAUUAUUCUACCCCGAAGAGCGAAGCCGAAACAUACCAUUAAUGAAUAAACAAAAUAUAUAAUGGCGGCCAUCUGUGGCCGACAAGUAUGACGGACUGACUGACUGUUGAAACCAGCGAACCAGAAUUGACCUGCGUAUAAUUCUUACUUCAGCAUCGUCUCCAACCCACCUGAAACUCAAACCAGAUCUCUUCGCAUUAACAAUGGAGAAUUUUCUGUCCCAACCCCUCGUUGCUCUCUUCAUAUCUUUGUUCAUCGCCAUGAGGGCCUACAGAAAGAAGUCCCUCGACCUCUCCGGCGCUUUGGUAGGGUUUCUGGUCGUGGCUCUUCACGUUGCCGCCGGCUACAGGUACGGAGCUAUGUUGCUUAUUUUCUUCUUUACUUCGUCCCAGCUUACUAAGGUGGGAGAGGAGAAGAAGCGACGCAUUGAUGCCGAAUUUAAGGACGGAGGUCAGCGUAAUUGGAUACAAGUUCUAUCCAAUAGCGGCAUUGCGACAAUCUUGGUUAUUAUUGUUUGGAAAGUAACUGGAUGGCAGGACAAGUGCCUGGACUCAAAAGAUUCUAUUGUCGCUACAUCUCUUAUUGGUGGCAUUAUUGGUCAUUAUUCCUGCUGCAAUGGGGACACUUGGUCUUCAGAAAUUGGGAUACUCAGUGAUGCACAACCUCGGUUAAUCACAACACUCAAGCCUGUUCAGAGGGGUGUAAAUGGUGGCGUGACAAAAGCAGGACUCCUUGCAGCUGCAGGAGCGGGUGGCAUAAUUGGUCUAACAUUUGUUCUCUUUGGAUUUUUCACAACAAAAUGUGCGUAUGACCUAGCUGUCAGGCAGCUACUGGUAAUACCUCUUUCAGCCUUAGCAGGACUAUGUGGAAGUGUCAUAGAUUCUUUGUUGGGAGCAACUCUGCAAUUUAGUGGAUUCUGCAGUGUCCGUAACAAGGUGGUUGGGAAACCAGGGCCAACGGUGAAGAAAAUUUCAGGUCUUACCAUUCUUGACAACAAUGCUGUGAACUUUGUAUCUAUACUUCUGACCAGCUUGUUGACUUCCAUUGCGUGUUUAUAUAUUUUCUGAAAUCCAUCCAUUCAACUGAAUUUUUGUGGACGUGAGGUUCACACCUCAUUUUUCUGAUAAUAUGUAUCGUUGUUAACGGAUCUCAUUUACCAUAUACCUGCUAAUGCCAUAAACUUAAGCUUGUUGAGAA